GCCAACAUCUUCUGCACCGAGCGGUACCUGAAGGUAAGCGUCCCUCCCUUUUUAUUUGAAGCUGUUUUAUAUGCUCCUAUUGAUGAGACAAACAGCACAGCAAAGAUCGGCAAUGGAAUCGUUUUCUUCACUUUGUAUAAAAAAGAAGUGGCCAUGUGGGAGUCCCUGACUGUAGCAAAUGUUAACAAGGAGGAACUGCAACAUCUAAGAGAGAAUGCUGUUCUGAGAGCACACGAAAAGGCAAAAGAGGAGACAGAAGCAAAAAAAGUUACAAAACAGGAACACAAGAAGUAUGCUUUGGAGGCUACAAUGAAGCUUGAAGAAGCAGAAAGAAGAAGAAUUGAGGGUCUGAAAGAACAGGAGAGACAGAAAGUCACUAAGGAGUUGGAGCUAUGGAGAAGUCAGCAAAACGAUGUUGAGAAACAAAAGAGAGUGCAAAAUGAAGGGGAAUUACAUGGAGAAGUAGAGCAACUGAAGGAGAAGAAAAGGGAAAAAAUGAACAAAACCAGAAUUCCUAGUCAAGAAAUUUCCAAGACCAAACUCAAAGAUACAAAAGGUCGUGGUUCCUAUAGUAUCUUUUCAGAGAAUUUAAAAGAGGAGCAGUUACCAGCUCCUCGAUCUGCUGGUACUAUUAAAAUCAACUUCACAUCACGAGUUUUUCCUACAGCUCUACGAGAGUCUCGUGUAGCAGAAGAGGAAGAGUGGCUACAAAAACAGGCAGAAGCUCGAAGGAUAAUGAGUGCUGAUUUGUCUGAGCUGGAAGAUUUAAAAGAAGAGGAGAAAAAUCCAGACUGGUUAAAGGACAAGGGAAACAAAAUGUUUGCAACAGGAAACUAUCUUGCAGCUGUAAAUGCAUAUAACCUUGCAGUCCGGCUAAACAAUAAGCUUCCACUACUGUAUUUGAAUCGUGCUGCUUGCCAUCUUAAGCUGAGAAAUUUACACAAAGCCAUUGAAGAUUCCUCUAAGGCACUAGAAUUGCUAACACCACCUGUUCCUGAUAAUGAGAAUGCUCGAGUAAAAGCAUAUGUGAGACGUGGCACAGCCUUUUGUCAGCUGGAGCUGUAUGCUGAAGGUCUCCAGGAUUACGAAGCAGCUCUCAAGAUUGAUCCUAAAAAUAAAACCAUAAAAAAAGAUGCAGAGAAGAUUCGACACACAAUUCAAGGAACAGUGCAAAAUUCUUAAAAAUAAAAAAGGAGCUUUUUGUGAGGGGUGCCUUUUGAGGGCCUCAGAAGGAGCCUUAGUUCAUAUUCUCCUCAGUAUGUUACUAACUAGAUUUUGUUUGUUUCACUUGGAAUACCUACGAAUUUAUAAAAUAUUGGAUAUGAAUUGUUAUUUUUUGGCAAGCAUAGUUCUAUAACAAAUACAAUUAGAUAUACUGCAUAUCAUUUUGAUACAAGGUUGUCAAGUUUUUCUUUCUGUGCCGUUUGUUGGGCUAAAGAAUAAAACAUACCUUUUGUACUUGAUUUAAAGUUACCUACAACCAAAUAAAUUAUUUGUCUGGAAGUAUCUACUGAAUCUAAACAGUCAGUUUUCAAACAGCUUCAGUAGUUCCCUAUAGUCAGCACAGAACUUCUCUUCCUGUUCUUCACCAAAGACAAAACAGUUAUUUGUGGUUGGGUACUAGUGAAAGUAUCUGCUGUGAAGUCUAUGUGAAAUAUAAGUUUAGUAAUUUCGUACAUUUUAUAUGGAUUUGCAGUAGGAAAUAUUAAUUUAUUUUUAA